AACCAUUGCUUAACCUCAUCCUCGUAAAAUCAUGGAAGCGGAAAUGUCCUGGUAUUACUGCAUUUCCCUACUAUCCUUUUUCUUGCUAAUUCUCACCCUGUCAAAACUCUUCCUCAGGAAAAGAAGGCAGUGCAACAAUGUACCACCAGGCCCACCUUCAUUCCCAAUCAUAGGGCAUCUUCAUCUGCUAAAAGAACCUUUGCACAAAAGGUUACAGCAACUUUCUCAUAAAUAUGGUCACAUAUUUUCCUUAAAGCUGGGAUACAGAUCAGUGGUUGUCAUAUCUUCACCAUCGGCUUUUGAGGAAUGCUUCACAACUAAUGACGUAGUUUUUGCCAAUAGGCCUCGUUUUCUUGUUGGCAAGCACCUCAACUAUAACUUCACCACAGUGGGAACAGCCCCGUAUGGCCCUCUUUGGAGGAACCUUCGCCGCAUUACUACCCUGGAGAUCUUCUCAAGAGGUAGACUCAACAUGUUCUUGAACAUUCGGCAAGAAGAAGUGAAGUUACUAGUAAAAGAUCUUUAUCAAAGAUCAAGCCCAAGUUCUUCAAAGGUUGAGAUGAAGUCUAGGUUCUCGGAGCUAUCAUUUAACAUCAUUAUGAGGAUGGUAACAAACAAGCGAUACUUUGGAGCUGAAGUGCAGAACAAUGAACAGGCUAAGCACUUCCGAGAUAUAAUAAGGGAAUUGUCUGAAUUGAGUGGAGCAUCAAAUCCAGGGGACUUCCUGCCAAUUUUGCAAUGGAUUGAUUUUCAGCAGAUUGAGAAGAAAAUGCUGAAAUUGCAGGAAAGUAUGGAUGAAGUCUUGCAGAGCCUGAUAGACGAUUGUCGAAAUAAGUGUAGAGAAUCUCAGACGGAACACAAAGUGGCAGGGAGAGAUACAAUCAUUGACUCAAUGCUUUCCAUGCAAGAAGAAGAACCUGAGUACUAUACUGAUGAAAUCAUCAAAGGCAUUGUUCUGAUACUGUUAAUGGCUGGCACAGACACUUCAGCUGUAACAAUGGAAUGGGCCAUGUCGCUUCUUCUCAAUCAUCCUGAGGUGUUGAGGAAGGCAAGAGUUGAGCUAGACAACUUUGUAGGUCAAGAUCGUCUAGUAGAUGAAUCAGAUCUUCCUAAGCUGACUUAUAUCCAAGCCAUUGUCAACGAAACAUUACGAUUGUUUCCAGCAGUGCCACUCCUAUCACCGCAUGAGUCGUCGGCUGAGUGCUCCAUCGGAGGCUAUUAUGUACCCUCUAACACAAUGUUGCUUGUUAAUGCCUGGGCCAUUCACAGAGACCCUGAAUUAUGGGAUGAUCCCACCAGUUUCAAGCCAGAAAGAUUCGAGGGGCUGGAAGCUGAUACCUACAAGUUGAAGUUGAUACCAUUUGGCAUGGGAAGGAGGGGCUGUCCUGGUGCUGGUCUUGCCAAUCGCGUGGUGACAUUGGCUCUGGGAGCAUUGAUCCAAUGCUUUGACUGGGAUAAGGUUAGCCAGGAUUUGGAAGACAUGACUGAAGGUUCAGGCCUCACAAUGCCUAAAGCCAAGCCAUUGGAGGCGAUGUGCAGAGCUCGUGAAAAGAUGACUAAAAUCCUGAAAGAACUAUGAGUUGCUAACUUAUUCUCAAACUAGUGGAUAUAUUAAAGGCAGUCGUAUCAAUUAUCACCAUGCAAAUUAAACUUGGAGAAGCUUGUCAACUUUUCUCACUCGAAAUGCAAAUGUUCUGUCGAUAUUUGAACUGUGACUUAAUCGUUUUGAAUAAAAAGAGCUGGUUCAGUUGCAAA